CUACCAUGCUUGCUUCACGCAAACAAGACAGAAGACGGCCGACCCUUCAGCCAACUGUCACCAUCUUUGGAGAAGAAGUCAAAAAACACAGCCAUGGGGAAAGGAUGCAUCACAGUUACCAAGUACUUUCUGUUCCUCUUCAACCUCCUCUUCUUUAUCUUCGGAGCAUUGAUCACGGGCUUUGGCCUGUGGGUCCUCUUUGAUAACCAGAGCUUCAUUGCUGUUCUACAGGAGUCAUCAAACUCGAUCAAAGUGGCUUCCUACAUCCUCAUUGGGGUGGGUUCCUUAUCAAUGGGCAUGGGAUUCUUCGGCUGCAUAGGAGCCAUCUACGAAAUUCGUUGUCUGCUGGGUGUGUACUUCACCUGCCUCCUGCUCAUCCUCAUCGCCCAGGUCACUGCUGGAGUUCUCAUUUACUUUCAAAGAGAUCGGUUGAAAUAUGAGAUGUCCAACAUCAUAAAGGGCAUGAUAAUCAACUACACUGGCCAGAACAGGACCACAGAGCACACCUGGGACUACAUUCAGAGGACGAUGGAGUGCUGUGGAUGGACUAGUCCGGGCAACUGGUCUGAGAACAUUUUGAUCAAGAACAGCUCCCAGAACCUCUACCCAUGUUCCUGUCGCAAUGAGUCCCUGCCUGGCACGGACAUCAAGCAUGUCGGCCUGUGUGAGCACCUGUCUGCAGGCACGCCCAUCUAUCAAACGGGCUGUAUGACUAGCGUGGAGAAAUGGCUCCUGGAAAACUGUGGCGUUAUUCUGGGAAUCUGUGUCGGUGUGGCAGUAGUGGAGCUCCUUGGGAUGAUCCUCUCCAUGUGUCUGUGCAAGAGUGUCGUCCAGGAGGAUUAUACCAAAGUACCGAAGUACUGAGCUGAAGACGGAGCCAGCUACACACCACACACAGAUGGAUGGACUCUUUUUGUCUCCCUCUCCUUGUCUCACAUUCUUAAGAACACACUCACACACACGCAAAUUGAGACAGCUGUUGCCUCCAUUUGAGCUUCUCCUGCCUUGACAGCUGUGCAAAUUUCUCACGCCCCGUAUGUCCCACACACACAAACACACACACACCUCUCAAUCAAGCUUGGUGGAAGUAAGUCCACAAGUUACCGUUGUUGCGUUAUCAUUUUGUUUUUUUUAAGGAGACAUUUAUGAUGUUAUUGUAAUUUUUCUUUUUUAAAUGUUCAUAUAUGUGUUGUUUUGUUUUCCUGGGCUGACCUCAAUGAAGUGCUUAACAUAGUAGUAGAGAGCACUUUAGUGACAUUUGGUGAGCUGAGAGCCGGAGAAUCUUCUGACUCCGGGGCAUGGAGAUGAGAGAGAGACAAGAGGGUGAGGGUGGGUGCAUGGUAGACGCUCUCAAGAAAUUAAUACCACUGUGUGAUGCUGCAGCUGGUAUUUUUGGUGCAGAGGGUGGAGGAGAGGCCCAGGGCAGGGCUGAUGAGGUUGAGGUUUUGGCUUCUUUCAUCAGCUCCUUGUACUCAGUAGCCCUCCUCCUCCUCAUCCCUCCCUCUAUCCAUCAUCUGUUAGUGUCUAAAUCAUGUCCCUGUCCUUUUCUCGGGUGUGUCUGACUGGUAGCGAGUAGCUUAACAAAAUGACUAGUUUUGCAUGAAGUAAGUGUGUGUAUGAUGUGUUGAGUGAGUAUUUUAUUUCUUCUUGUUCUUUUUUUUAUAUUCUCAUGUCGUUUCUGUUUUGUUUUUACAGCUGUACAUAUGACUUUGGUAAGGGAUUAUGGCACUUCAGUGCUCGGUCAGCGUUUUAUAUGAGAAGCUGUCACCCACAUGCUCUUGUUUUAAGAGUUCAAUUGUUUUUCAUUUCCUGUCAGUUGUUGAUGAUGUACAGAGCACAGCAAUAGCUCGUCUGCACUAUUUUGGUCUGAAUCUGAGAAAUUACCCUUAGAAUGAAUCUGACAUCACUCUCUAUCGCUAUAUUUUAAUCUCUGUAGCAUGAAUUUGUGAACAGAUCAACCUACCAUAGCGCCUGCCCCAAACUUAUUUAUUUAAGCUCAUUACACCUGCCGUCAUUUUGAUAAAAUCAUAGCAAUAACAUGAAAACGGCAGCUGUGUGACCGCAAUGUAUUUUCCCUUCUCUGCGUCAUGGUUUAUUUUCCCUGAAGUAAUUUUCCCUGGUUUAUAUUAUUGGUUGCAAGAGCAGAGAAAAUGUUGGAAACUAGCAUUUUUAUUAUAAUACUGCAUAUUUCAGAAGCCGCUAUGAACAGAAAAUGACUGUUCAUCAUUCCAUGCUAUCCUUGCUAAAAAUGAUUCACAGAAAUGUUCCUCUACUCGUCAUCAGUCCUUCCACUUCAUUUCAAACACGCUAUUAUGGUUGGAUUUAUGGUUAAUUUCGUAUUUUGUGGAUAGAUUGCACUUUUAUUUGGUUAAUAGUUUUUCAUGCCAUCUCACAAACGAGGGUACAACUGGUCAGUUGUGUCAGAAUUACGGCCUCUAUUUUAUGACCUGUUCUAUUCAAAUAUUAAUUUAACUAAAUGAGUGAUGAAGGCUUUUUUAUGGUGUUUUUAAGAUAUUUUUACACUUUUACAAAAAAGUUAAAAAAAUAUUCGUGGAGCUGUAAGCCAUGUUUGAAAAACAAACGUUUCUUGUUAUUAUUGAGAACUAUUAAACCUGAACACACUAGAAUCAGUUGAACUUAUUUCAUUUUGUUUUUUUAACAACAGACAUUAACAACUAUGUAUUUAAUCUUUCCCUUGGUCAGUUGUCAGGUUUUGUACCUAAAGGAGCCAGAAGAUGGCAGUAUGUGUUCAACAGUGUCCUAGGCUCCAACAGAAAAGCUUUUGCACAAGAUGAGCAAAAUUAGUAUGUUAUGGCGUUUUAAGUGUAAAAUGAAAGAUUGCUCCUCAGUGAUUCAUUAUGUUUUUGAAAGCCUGAUUUGUAGAAGCUGCAGGUUUAAUUAUAGGGUUUCAUUUAGAUUCUUAAGAAAUUGCUUAUUUCACUACCUUCCCCUUUUUACACCUCCUAAGCUAAUUCAUUUCUUCUUUUCUUUUUAUUUCCCAGCUUAGUCUUUGUGUUUUCUUGUUAAAUUAGUCUAACUACCCUGUGGCUGAACAGAAUAAAGAGCUCCACAUCCCAUUUAUUUCACUCUGAUAGCAGGAUUUUUCCGGAAGCAAAUACAAAAGAGCUCCUCUCGUAAGAUUUAAGUGCAAUGACUCUUAUCAAGGAAAGGGAGCUUUAUGAUGUCAUGUCAUGCCAGAAGCUAAUAUCUCACCCCUGACUCACCAGGACUGCUUUUAAGCAAAACAACACUGUCACCACACGGACCUUGCUGCUUUAAUCCACUAUUGUCUAAGACAUUUAACCUCAGUAUGAGUACAGCUUAGUGUUCUCUCAGGAGACUGCUUUCAAGUAACUCAACACAGCCACAUCUCAUCAGGGAGCUCUGUCUAUGCUGAGUGCUUCAAGCGCCAAACAUCAAUUUCUCAUUUAGAACAUGAUAUUGGACUUCAGAACACUAACUGUGGGCCACGUGAAGGAAGAAAUCCACAAAUUGGAUUAAAGCAAGACAUUAUUGGACUAAGAAAAAGGCACAAUUUUGACUCAGAUCUUCAUCAGGCAACCGAGGGCAACAAGACAUAAGGAUAAUCUUGUUGACAUCAUAGUCAAGUCAUAGUUAAGAAAGUAACACUUUCAGUAUGACCCUCGGACGUAUGAUCAAAAAGUUACAGAAAUCAGAAUCAGUUUUCAUGAUUGAGGGGAGAAAUGAGGAGAAAAAUUGUGGUUCAGUUAAGGUAUAUCCAAUAAAAUCAUUAAUAUUCCA